AAGGGUAACUCAACAGAACUUUUACAGGGUCAUUUUCAUUAUAAAGUACUUCUAGGUGGCGGAAUUGACAGAAGCAAAGUGGUUUGUAGCCACUGCCAAGCUGAAUUUUCUUAUCACAGGAGUACUUCCAGUCUAAAAUAUCACCUUAACGCGAAGCACACUGUUGAUGCGAGCAAACCAUUCAACAAAGCAGAAAGUGGAGCCAGGCUUCGGCAGACUACGUUAAACGCAGCGUGCGGGAGAAGUAUAGAUAAACCAGAGCAAGAGAAGCUAACAAAUGCCAUAGCGAAGUGGAUAGUUACAGACUGUAGGCCCAUUAGUGUUGUGGAAGACGCCCGCCAUCGCAACAAGUGACAGCACGUAUGAGCCGCCAUCAAGACGCACCAAGAAUACACGAGUUGUAUGAAAAGGAGAGGACUGUAAAAGUGACAACUUUACAACGUGCAGCUGUAGUUGCUCUCAGUGGGGACUACUGGACAUCAAUCGAUGAGGAGACUGCUCCCCAACCAACAAAGAGAGCUCGGCUGGGGACUGAUGUGACAGAGACUGCGAAAGAUGGCACAGUAUGGCAUGAAGAACAGGUGGGAACGGGUCCACAUUUCACCCCGCCAUCGCCAUACAGCGCAGAUGGAGAGCCAACAGCUAAGGCCAGGAGGUCAAUCACAAGUCGUCUUCAGAGCUUCCUGUGAUUCAUCACUCUGGACAUGCUUGGCAUCAUUCGAGACUGUACAGUUCAACAUGCAAAGCAAACGGAGCAUGUGGAUUGGUUCAUGGGCCUCCCUGAACUAAUGGCUUUUAUUUCCAUCACCAUCAUGCGGGGAAUCAUCAGGGUGCCAUCACUGCGUGACUGCUGGUCGAAAAACCUGGGAAGCCCACAGAUCAUCGAAACCAUGUCCCGAGGGCGUUUCCAAAACAUCAUGCAUCACCUGCACUUUGAUGACAGAGACACCCGCAGCGAGCGAGCACAGACCGAUAAGUUUGCUGCAAUUUCAAACAUAUGGGGAUUGUUUGCCACCAACUGCAUCACAUCCUACAUCCCUGGUCAACACAUCACCAUUGACGAACAACUUUUCCCGUCCAAGACUCGCUGCUGUUUCCUACAGUACAUUGCAUCUAAACCAGACAAGUUUGGGAUCAAGUUCUGGGUGGCGUGUGACUUGAAAACCAAAUACGUCUGCAACAUCCUCCUAUAUCUUGGCAAGGACGACACUCGGCCUCGUGGGGAGAGAGUGUCUGAGAGUGUAGUCAUGAGGCUGAUGGAACCAUUCUUGGACAAGGGCAGAAAUGUUACCACGGACAAUUUCUUUACAUCACUGUCACUUGCAAAACGACUACUUAGCCGGAAUACAACCAUCCUCGGCACAGUCAACAAGAUUCGCAAAGAAAUUCCACCGUCAACUCGACAGAUGUACCGCGAUGAAUUUACCACCCAGGUAUUUUCAACCACUGGUGCCACACUGACGGUGUAUGCGCCCAAGCGGAGGAAGACUGUAUAUGUUCUCAGCAGCAUGCACAGCACCAUUCAGACACAGGAUACCACCAAAAAGAAGCCAAACACCAUCACACAGUACAACACAACAAAGUGCGGCGUCGAUGUCAUGGACCAGAUGGUGCAGGAACACGGCGCUGGCCAGUAGCAGUGUUCUAUAACAUGAUUGAUAUUGCAGCACUGAAUGCCCACGUGCUCUAUCAAUUAUGCACCGGGAGGCAGGAGAGACGGGUGGAUUUCCUGCUGGAACUUGCAAAAGAGUUGGCUCACUCCCACGUGGGUAUGAAAAAGGCCCAAAAGGAACAAUUAUUUCGGCAACAACCCUCCACACCACAACUAGGAAAAAGAGCCAAGUGUCAGGCUAAAAUCCAAUGCAAGGACAAUCGUGCAACUGUGCGCUGUGUUGACUGCUACCGUUAUACAUGUGGGAAAUGCCGAAAGGAGCAAUGGCAGUGCCAGGAUUGUGAGUGACUGCUCAAAUGUAUGUCAGUCACGUUUACAUGGACAUGGUUUUUCAUUCUUUGUAAAUAUGCUUUUUUCUUUGUAA